AUGGAAAAAUCAAGUAUACGGACUAAUCCAAAAUAUAAUCUAUUUAUAGCUCAGCCGGUCGUGGAAAAUGAUGAAACCUUUAAUUUCGAAACAACUUUAGCAUUCGGUCUGAUACUAGGGAUGGUAAUAUGUGCAGCUUUGGUCGCUGCUGGUAUAUUGACAUACAUGAAACGCUGUAAAAAACCAGAUCUGAAGGAGGAAGCCAUCGACGAAGGCAGUUUGGAUAAUAUUUCUAUAAGCAACACCCAUCAUGAAGAGUGGAGUGAUGAAACUCCGAUGAAUCCGCCGAUCUUGUUUACUCAUCCAUCACCAAAUAUUCGAAAUUCAUUACCACCCCUUUUUACGCAGAGGGAAAAUGUUAAUGUUGUUGCCCCUUUGUCAAAGAUUGAUGCUGAGCGUGAUAGCAAAAAUCGACCGAGCACAAGCACAUCAACAUCAGCAGUAACAACUACCACUGUUGAUUUGCAAUCAAAUCAGGAAAAUGCCGAGGAGCUACACCCAGUCCAGGCAGAUGCUAAUGACAGGCAACCAGUUCAGUCAAAUACUGAUGAUAGGCUGGGAAUCCAAACAGAUUCUAGCGAUUUGCAACCAUUCGAGACAUAUGCUGAUGAAAUGGAACUAAUCCAUCAAAAUGCUGAUGAGCUUCAUUCAAUUCAGACAGACACUAACGACGUGCAACCGCUCCAGACAGAUGCUGACCUUGUGCUAUCAAUCCAAACAAAUGCCGAUGAUGACGAACAAAUUCAAACAGACACUGACGAGGAAGAACAUAUCCAGACAGACAGAGAUGAAGGACGGCAUAUCCAGAAUGAAUUGUCAAUUAUUGAGAGCGACAUCUCAUUAUCAGAUGAAGCUCCAAUGCAAUCUGUGAUGAUAACAGCGCCGAUGGAGCAAAUCGAAAGUACAGUUUGUGAAUUUGGUAACUCUGGUAAAGAAGAUAUGUGCUUAUUUGAAAACUCAUAUAUUUUAACCGGGGCUCAUGCUAAAUCUGAAGGUAAUGGGGAUAGUGUUAAACAUGGAUGGGGAAAUAAUAUAAACAAACAACAAAUGUUACAGAAUCAGGAUUGCAAACUUGAAGAUUUCGUUGAUGAAAGUCAACAAGAUGAAUAUUCGCGUCCUCUGUCCCAAACGGGAAAAGCAGACGUACCAAACAUUUUAAGAUACACUGCGGAGGCACCAGUGUCUGCUGCUGAUGAUCGGACCCGGACAACUGCAAUUUUAUCGAAUUCUUCACCAGAUAUUCCAUCAGUUGAAGAUGUACUGCACCCAGACAGCUCAUCAUUGGUUAACGACAGAACGCUGUUUCCUGAUACAUACAUUGAAUCCAUGGUUACCGAUGAAUACUCUGACUCGUUUUUAUCUGAUUUGGAAGAGGAAGAAUCUGAUGUACAUACAGUAGCCAAGAAGUCUUCGCAUUUGGAUAACGAUCCAUCAACUUUUAAAACAAUGAAUAUGACUGUGCUACGUGACUCGAAUUCAAUCAAUUUCUUUGGAAAGAAACAACAAGAUGUCCAUUGCAUGGAAACUCCACACAAAAGGCCACUGAAACGGGACCGAUCAACAGCCUUUGUUAGAAAAAUGGAAGCAUCGAGACAUCUAACUUCUUCUUACGGCAAAAGACCAUGGGAAACUUUCAAGACUUACAAACCGGAUGAAAAGAAACAUCCUGGAAAAAAGUUGAACGAACUGGCUCAGAAAAAACUUGCGGAAAACAUGAAUGAGGUCAAACGGAAGAGAAAUGUUAGAAAAAAUGCGAUAUUGGACGCCUAUGGCUUAGAUUUACAGUGAAAGUUUGUAAAAUUUGUAUAGAAGGCACAUGAUCACAUUGGAAAUAUCAAACAAGCAACAAAACUAAGACGAAGUUGAAAUUAACAUAGUUAUUUCCGUCAGCGUUUAGAAUUAUAUAAAAUUUACAUUACACGAUACAAAUGAAAGGAUCAGAGCAGAAUGCUAUUAUGCUUUUAUAUGUUAUCUUCUUAGACAAUUGGCCAAAUUAAACACUUAAUACGGUAUGACGAGUAUCAACUUUUAUGCAUUAUGUUUUGUGCAUGUGGUAGUGCACAUCCGAUUUCUCGUCACAUAUUUUAAUAUUUUUGAUGUAGUAUUCAGCAUAUUUUUUUUAAUAAAAUGAAUUUAUUUUUUGCAACAUAUCGUAAAUAGUUUGUUUUCAUAUAUAUACUCAGUUCCAAAAGAAAUUGUGCACUUUUAAGUUUAAAUAUUUCAAAAAAUUCUCCGACGUUUUUGUUUUAUUUUUUCAUACACUAACUCUCAGGUAUAACUCAAAAUCUAAAAUGCACACCAAUUUGUUUACGAACUGAUUUAUAUUUUGGUACCAAACAUUAUAAGUUUUCAUGAAAAUAACCGAGAAAAAAUAACAGAAAACUAAGUGCACACUUCCUU